AUGUCCUCUGAGGAUGAAUCAGGCCCCUGUUUAGAUGAAAGGUCUUCUGAAGAGAGCAAUAAUUGCUUUCCAGAUGAGGAAAUGUUGUAUGGGGCUGCUUCAAAUUCAUUUGAAACAGAAUCACACGUUUAUGAUACCUCAGGCAAUCCUAUUGCCACGAAAGAAAAACACGACAGUUAUUUGCAAGUUGUGGCACACAUGGAAGAGGAACUACAUGAGCUUAGGUCCCAAUUAACCGGAGAAAAAUCCACCGUUCUUUGGUAA